GAGAUGUACUGUGACAAAGGAUUAUCGAAUUAGUGAAUGGAAAGUGUGAAAUGAAUUCUAAAAAGUGUAUAGGACCAGGAAACAGAUUAAAGUGAAACUAAUGGCUGCAUUAAUGCGGGGAGUCGAAAUCUUAAAGGGCAAGUGGCCUUAAUGUGGCGUGUUUCCCAUCACCACGACCACCAUGUCUGAGACUUUAUCCCCUAACUCCUCGCCCAGCUGCGACGAGAAUAGCAGACGCCGCUCAGUGUUCUACGUACCGUUAUUCGAAAGCUUCGAUAACUACUUGCCUCUGACCCCGGAGGAGAAAGAAGCAAUUCUAUGCGGUCAGAAUGUCGAUCAUACUCCUAAAAAACCGAGGCGAAAGAACACAGCGGAGUAUGGAAGGUUGCACAUACAUUCCCGUGCGGAGACGUCUUCUAUUGAAAGUGAAAGUGAUUUCAGUCCUGUCAGACGAUAUCCACGACCUUUGUCGUCGAGAAUGAGUUCCAAUGAAGCAUUGGCAAGAGAAGGUCAAAGCGAUCUCACGAGUCCCAGGCUUGUCGCUGAGAGCAAUGUCAUUCGCCAUAGACAUCCAAGACUACGUACAACGACGUCAUGUGAACCGCGUUACGAUAGAAUAUAUUCCCCUCUCACAACAUCGAUCUCAUCUAACAAACUGAACAAUUCAACUUCAAGUAUAAGCGUCAGAUUGCCCUCAAAAAAUCCCAUACGCAACUCUAACCUUUCUUUAAUACCCGAUGCGCCGAAGAUGCUUUCCCCGCCUAAAGAAAAAUCAAAAACAUUGCCGCAAAAUUUAAAUACACCUUCACCGAUUCGAGGUAGUAGUAGUUCUACGUCUAUAUUCAAAACCCCGAAAAUCACUGUGACGCCUGAGAGUCCCCAUAAGAGUCCAGGGAAAAUGACGGGACUUAACUUUAUUAGGCGAUCGAGGAGCACGAAAUUGUCUAGAAGUAACUCUCUGCUCCGAAGUAUAACUGCUAGAUACAUUGAGGAAGGGCUCGAAGACAAUGUGGCUGUAAUAACGGACUUGACGGACAAUUAUAAUAAGUUUGUGGACGAUAACGGCGGUGAAAAAGAGGUUAUUUGUGCUUUAAUUAAGAAAAAUGAAGAGCAGAUUACGAAUAGUCCCCUCAGUAUGAGACGGACUUAUUUGGACGCCGAUGACGAUUUAGCUGUUCACUCCGAUACGUCAUAUGAGACGUCAUGUCGGCGCGGCUCGGCUCCAAGCACGCCAAUACCUGGGACCCAAGCCCAGCACAGCCCCUCGCGACUCGCAUCCUUCUUCUUCUCAAAGCGAUCCUUCAGAAGCAAUCCACUCAAACGGACGAAGUCGGCCGCCAAGAUAGAAAGCAAGCAAGUCCUUGCAGCUGUUCCAACACAUCCAGCGACACAUGCUUUGAGGACAUCCAGAUCUCAUGAAAGUCUCCUAUCAGCACAAUCGCCAGCAGUAUCAACAAUGGAUCUCGGACCCCCCAAUCAGGUUGAGAUUCGUGCCCUCCAUUCGUCUGUACUGGGCAGGCCGCAUUGUUUCGCACUUAGCGCCGAGAACCGCGCGCCGCGUUACUUCGCGUGCGCCUCCAGAAAGGAAAGAGAUCGCUGGAUUUACAGCUUACGUCAGGCCGCUCGCCCUGAUGAGAUGCGGACGCGUCGCUGCGAGCGGACGGUGAAGCUUUGGUUAUUGGAGGCUAAAGCCAUACCACCGAAGAAGAGAUACUACUGUGAAAUACUACUGGAUGACAAUCUACAUGCGAGGUCUUCAUCCAAGUUAAAGACCGAGCUGUGUUUCUGGGGCGAGGUGUACGAAUUCUGUUCUCUACCGCCUGUGAGAUACAUUAAUGUGAACGUUUACCGCGAGCCGGAGAGACGACCGCGGAAAAGAGACAAACAUGCACUAGUCGGUACAGUUCGCAUCCCUGUGGACGAUGUGUCCUCUCGGUACCCCAACGAGCGCUGGUACCCCAUCAGCGAGGACAAGCCGCAGUCGCCGGCCCGCGCCCCCGCCCCCCUCCCCGCGCUACGUAUCAAGUGCCGGUAUCAAUGCGUCGAUGUCUUACCAAUAGACUGCUACGUAAGGUUCCUGGAUUAUCUCAAGAAGAACUACAGACGCCUCUGCGAGUACUUGGAGCCGGUUAUCGGUGUGAAAGCUAAGGAGGACAUAGGUUGUGCUCUCGUGUUGUGUAUGGCGGGGGCUGGUCUUGCGCCGCGGUACUUGGCGGAUGUGGUGGCGUUGGACGUGCGGCGGACGGGCGACCACUCUCUCACAUUCAGGGGGAACUCCCUCGCCACUAAGAGCAUGGAGGCCUACCUUAAACUCGUCGGAGAUCAGUAUCUGCAGGAUACGUUAGGAGAGGCGGUGCUGUCAGCGGCUGGUCCAGGAGCUCCAGAGUGUGAGGUGGAUCCUCUCCGUGCCGGUUCAGGCGCGGCUCUGAGACGACACCAGGCAGCGCUCCGGGACACGGUGUCCCUCGCCUGGUCCGCCAUCGCAUCCUCCGCGACACGCUUCCCCCCACCACUGAGGGACUGUUUUGCUACCUUCCGCGAAAGGCUGGCAUCAAUGGGCCGGGAGGAUAUUUCAGAUAACCUUAUAAGUGCUUCAAUUUUCCUUCGUUUCCUUUGUCCUGCUAUUCUUUCUCCCAGUCUCUUUGGAAUAAUUCACGAAUACCCUAACGAGCGAGCUGCGCGUAACUUGACUCUGGUGGCGAAGACUUUGCAAACGUUGGCCAACUUUACGCGCUUCCAGGGCAAGGAGGCUUUUAUGGAGUUUCUCAACGACUUUUUGGAACAGGAGGCACCCAAUAUGAAAGCCUUCCUAAGGGCUAUAUCGACGAGACCUCAAGAGCAGCAGCAACACCAAACCAGCCAGCAACAGCAGCAACACCAAUCCAGCCAACAACAGCAGCAACAGAGCAACCAGUCAGAUAGCAAGCGAAACUCAUCCACAUCCCAUUCAUCCGUGGAGGGGGAAGUGGACCCUGAUCCUGAAUGGGCCCCCCACGUCGAUCUCGGCAAGCAACUGGCAACGCUGCACUCCUUGCUAGUGGACAGUCUCCCUAAAUUGUGCGCUGCCAAAAUACAGGAGCUCGAUCCGCUAUCUGAUAUUUUAGAUGAACUCAGCAAGAGAUUAUUGAGCACCGACAAUGGACCGAUACCUCAAAUCGGCGACAAUAUAUUUAGGUUCAAUGAUCCGACAUGUAACGCCCAAACAAAACAGAACAACGAAACAUCUACAAAUGGUCCGCUGACGAAUAAUUUUGCUCACAGUUCGCCUAUAAUGAACAAAAAUGGCGUACAAUUUAACAUAAGUCCAUCGAAAUCGAAUGCCGAGGACUCUAAAUAUAAGGGAUCGUUUGCAACUGUUUCUAAAUCACCGAGUUUCAACCUACGCUCGGCGACGCUCCCGAGAAACGGAUACGGUACGAAUCAAGUCAAUCAAAACGUCAACCCAGAUAGAUACAGCUCGCAGUACAACAACCAAGAGCAUUGUGUCAAUUUGAAAGUCGUACAAAUUGGCUUCGGUUCGGAUCAGUAUCCCAAAGGCAUCAGUAACGGUGUGAAUGAAAACGAGAGAAGAUUUCAGGAUAGAUAUAAACCUAAUAACUUUAACCAAGGGCAUUUCCACAACACUAAUUACAACAGCACCGAACGCUCACCCAGCAGCGACAGCAUCAAUCACAAUUACUGCUCAAACGACAUGCAGAAUAUUAUGAAGGAAACGGCGACGCUGGAUGAACUAUCAGAUCUUUUAAAAUACGCUGACGAUUCGGAUAUAGUUGAUGAAAAAAUGAUGAACAAGAAGAAUAUAUCGCAAUCCAAGACCAACAAUAAUAACAUUAUAAACGGAAACAAAAAUUCAUACACGAACAACGGCUCGAACGUGUCUAUUAGCGGCUUGUCAAAUGUCGCGAGCUCAGGAUACCAAAGCAUUGCUACGUACAGUCAAAGUUCCAGUCCAAUCGAAAACGCGACUCAUCUCCACCAAGCCUAUGAAAACGGUGGACAGCCAAUGAGCCGCUACUCACAACUGAAUUACCAAAAGCAGAGAGAUAAGCAGUAUUACGAAAAUAAAAAUGAAAAGUUCUAUCCAAAGAGCCCAGUGCAGCAAAAAAUCGAAUACGAUAUCCAGAAAUACGGCAUACAGAACUUCACGACCGCCGACAACGUUCAAAACAACACAAACGCUAAUACUAAAGUGGCACCGCUUGUUUUUACAAAUCCUGUUUACAAUAUGGAGGACAACAGACAAUCACAGGAUGUGAAGAAACCUAAUGAAAACAGAAACUCCAAGCGAUGUCCAUGCGGCUCAUCCAGUUCAUCCAUUGAUGAGGAGGGCUUGAGCACUGACAACGUGGAGACAAACUCCGAAGAAGGUUCUACCAACUUCAAUGAUGAUAGAAACUUCGACAAGCAGAAUCGUAACGCAACCCACCGAAAACUCACCAGAGAUAAUUGUAAUUACGAAGACGUGUACCAGAGGACAACUAAUCAUAGUAGCUCUCCUAGAAUAAGAGACGAUGAAUCUUCUAGUAAUUCUCCUAGCUUACGAAAAGCCAGCAAGACGCGAAUGCCUAGAACGAAUCCAAUGCUCUCUUACUCGACUAACCAAAACCAACUCAACCUGAAGCAUUUCGGUCAGCGGGGUGAAUCUUUAUACGAGAGUAAGCCUCACCACAUCUCCACUGAUUCUGGAUAUCCGAUGAGCAGAUCUGAUUCCAACGUGGAAGAAGUGAACAAAGAAAUGUAUAGAUUGCAAAUAUCUCGAAGUCAGAAAGCGUUAUAUAACAUGGAAAAUUCGAAAAACUCUCCAGAGAAGUUUAUUGCGGAGAAUUCCAUACCGGAAACAAACUAUCCUCUGGAUAGAACGUACUCCGGAGCCAAGAUAUCCAGUAGCAGGUUAAACGAGGAUCUGGAAAGACAUCAAGACUAUUAUGGUGUGAGAGAAAGACGGGAAUCUCCUUCGCGAGGUUUCAAUAGGGAGUCGCAUUCAAGCGAGGCGAGUGAGAGGGUGCCAGUGAGGGUCGACAGAGAAGCUCCUGUGAGAGACAAGUUGCAACGAAGACUUAGCUUAGAAUCAGCCAGGGAACUCACUGACAGUUCAAGCGAAGUGGACGACACUUUUUAUAGUACAACUGGCAGGAAGCGAGCGAACAAGCACCACAGAACCAUUGAACAGUAUGAACGUGAAAUAGAGAGGCUAAAAUGUUCAGUGGAACUUCUAAGGGGGCGCUUGGGGCCAACUGAUUCUGGCCAAGAUCAAACAGAUGCCAAAAUGAAGGCUAUUAUAUCCAGAUUAAUUUGCGUAGAAGAGGAGCUUCGCCGGGAACAGCGUAAGAUGGCCGCCGCUCUGUCACACAAGCAACGCGUGAUUGAAGCCCAGGAACAUCGUAUAGCAGCUCUAGAUGAAGCUAAUACGAGGCUAUUAUCAGCUCUCGUUCACUUGCAACAGAGAGCACCCCACCCUCCCUCACACAACAACAACCAUAGCACCUCCCACUCCCCCCACUCACAACACUCGCAUCAGGAAUUACAGAUUUAAUGUACCUUCUUGUUUUCUACGCAGGGUUGCCAGUUUAAAGUCUAUUUUAAGCAAUACGAUACCCAUACGAUUAUGUUUAAUCUAAUGCGAUCUCUGUACAAGUAGGCGUUUCGAAAGGAUUUUUUUUAAUCUGUUUACUGUAACGGUAACUAAAUGUGACUGCCAUCAAUCCAAAUUUCUAAAUUAUAUACCUUAUAAUAUUUUAUGUGUAAACAAUCAUAACUUUUACAAUUUAUCUAUGUAUAUUUGUCAAAUAAAUUUGACUAUUAAAUUUUGUUCUAUAAAAUUGAAUUUUUUGCACAAUUUCUAUCUUGAUUAAUAAGUUUUGCAUUUCAAUAUUAUUUCGUAUCUCUAAGCUAAUAUAGUUUGACUUAAUAUGAGAUGAUUAUUGUUGUAAUUAAAGUAACCCUAUCACAAUCGUGACGUUUUUUGUAUAACUUUUGUUAAAUGUUUCUUGUUUCUCUAGUUUUAAUGUACAAUGCUUUAAAUGACACUAAUAUUUCUUAUAUAUCAGUAUUCUGUAUGAUUAACUCUGGUUUAAUUUCGCAAGUGACAAUUAUUGUUUUGUUUUCUUUAUGUAACAAUGAUACCAAAGAAGUUGAAUAUCCCUAAUACGGUGUGGAUACUAGACCAAAUCGGCCUUUGAAGACAUUUUGAGGACUGUCAAUGGAUAAUGAACCUUAAGUAAUAAUGUUUAGGUGUGAUGUCGUAUAACUUAGACUGUUAGGUUAAUAUUAUCUGUUUCUCUAGGUCCGAGUUUUUAAGGCCAUUUGGACUAGUAUCUCCAGUCGGCAACUAGAGUUAUAGUGGGACAACUGGCGCCCUCUAUAACAACUAGUGACAUAUUUUAAAGUGUUAUAGAUUAUAUAAUAAUGUAAGACUUGUAUCAUAAUAUUUAGUAAAUAUAAUUAAACAUAGUAACACGAUGUUGGAAAAGAGAAAAUAUUUUAAUACCUGCGAGUAUUAUAGUGUGAAUGUAGAAUAAAAAUACGACAACAACGUUAUUGAUUUCUAAUUUGCAUUUUGGAAAUGUUUUGAACAAAUCGGACAACAAUUAUAUUUUAAUAAAUUUAUUAUAUACGUUGCAAUUUAUAGGGCCCCAGCAACUUAGUUGUUUUACAGUGAACAUUUUAAUUUUAAGACGUGUCAUUGUAAAAUUAAUUGAGUAUAUUAUUAUAAUAUACUGAUCACAUUAAAUUAUGGAUUACGUA